GAAGUGAGACACAGGCAAAAACAAGAUUACGGAAAGAGUGUGACGUGCGCUGGAGAGACAGCAAAACCUGUAGAUUUCAGCCAGACACCUCCACUGGAUUACUGUGUUUUACAGUGUAUGUUUUAGGGGCGAAGAAGAACGUUUUAAAGACUGCAGAAAGGUCGCUAUGAGUUUGUGAAAUUCACAAUAUGAGAUCAGAAAACUUUCUUAACCUCCAGAGUGUCACCCUUCAGUGAUCAGAAAGCCUCCCUGUGACUCAGCUGUUCCCAGAAUUAGGCAAUUCAAAAACAACAUGACUAGGCAGAGGUCAUGGCAGAUUCUUGCCCAGACACCAUUGAUGGUGAGAUUAUAGGCGUUUCCGAGGGACAGCAGUUAAAAACAACCAAAAAUGAGGACUUUGAUGCUGCUAGACCACACGACAAGGAAAUCAGCCAAAAAGAGGGUGACACCGAUACUGAGCAAUUCUCCGGGAGCAUUUCUCACCUUAUGAAAGAUGGCCUCACAACAUGCAAAGAACCUCCUACAACCACAGCGUCUCUUGAAGAUGAUGCUAAUGCAGCUCAGUCCGUGACCAGUAAAAGCCAAGACAAAACCGAUGAAUCUGAGAUCCUCAAUAGCCAAUCUUACACGCCCAGCCAAUCAGAGGUGACGCCCACUUUCUCCAUGGCCAGCCUGGAGUUCUCCGAGGAGACUAAUGGGAUUCCUCCUGAUGGAGCUUUGAUUUCGUCCAAAUCUGCUCAGGAUGGCAACCAAGUCCCCUCUCAGGAGAGCGGAGGGGCCUGUGCGGGGGCUGCGAGGGCAUCAGAGCCUAGCAUGCCGGCAUAUUAUUUUGUCAAGUGGAUUACCUGGAAAGAGAAGAAGACAGCCAUUAUCACACAGAGCGAGAACGGACCCUGCCCCCUGAUUGCCAUCAUGAACAUCCUGUUGUUGCGGUGGAAGGUGAAGUUGCCGGCUCAGACAGAAGUGGUCACCACUGAAGAGCUGAUGGCUCACCUUGGUGAAUGUGUGCUGUCCAUCAAACCGCGGGAGAAAGCAGAAGGCAUGGAGCUCAAUUUCCAGCAGAACAUGAGUGACGCGAUGGCUGUGCUGCCAAAGUUGUCCACAGGCCUCGACGUUAAUGUGCGUUUUACAGGUGUGUCGGAUUUUGAGUACACUCCUGAGUGCAUCGUCUUUGAUCUGCUUGACAUUCUGCUUUACCACGGCUGGCUUGUCGACCCACAGAGUCCUGAGGUGGUGUCUGCAGUGGGCAAACUCAGCUACAACCAACUGGUGGAGAAGAUCAUAGAUUUCAAGCACUCGACAGAUAGCAGUCAAGUCAGUGAAGGUUUGAUAGCAGAGCAAUUUUUGGAGUCCACAGCAACCCAGCUGUCGUAUCACGGCCUGUGUGAGCUCAACACGACAGCCAAGGAGGGAGAACUGUCUGUAUUUUUCAGGAACAACCACUUCAGCACUAUGAUAAAGCACAAGGGUCACCUUUACCUGCUGGUCACAGAUCAGGGCUUCCUGCAGGAGGAGAGCGUGGUGUGGGAGAGUCUCCAUAAUGUGGAGGGGGAUGGGAAUUUCUGUGACUCAGAAUUCAGAUUGUGUCACCCUUCCCAGAAACCCUCAGCAGCCACCCAGCCCUCCGCACAACAACAGCAGCAGCAAAUGCAGAUCGACCAGGACUAUCUGGUGGCAAUGUCCCUGCAGCAGCAGCAGGGUGAAGCUCCUGGACCCAUGAGUGAUCUUGAGCUGGCCAGAAAGCUGCAGCAGGAGGAGUACCAGCAGCCACAAACACAACAGCACCAGCCCCAGCCCUCAGCAGGACAGAUGAGAGGUCAGGCCGCAUCUCAGCACGGAGGACAGAGGCGCCGGGAAAAGAAGGACGACUCGGAUUGCUGUAUUCUUUAGGUCAGAGUCCACUAACCACCAUAACCAGACUCUCAAAGCCAGUUCGGCUUCUUCUGUACCACUACUGAAACUCGAGACUUCACUCUUAGCAGACCUGUCGUCCCAAUGCCAAGCCUGCCUUUACAGUACAGUUGACCCCUUGUUUUCGCCUUUCCUUUAUCCUCAUGGUUGGAACUGUUGCUCAUCGUUGUCUACUGGACCAAAUAAAGGUAGCAAUUGUUUCUAAGCACUAAUGAGCGUUUGUUUGAGCUCCUAACUAUGCCAUUAAAGAUUGAAGACUGUAAUAAUAAAUAAUCAGGUAUUGUAAUAAGAAUUUAAUAUUACACUGAAAUGCUACUGUCUCAAGUUGAUCUGUACAUAGUUACUCGUCAUCGGCUUUUCAUCCAAAGUGAUGUACAGUACACUAAGUACACAGGGCUCCGUGGAGCUC